GGCCAUUCUCUAGGGAAGUGACAACACACAUCAUGUUUUAAUAUGGCAGCGUCCUUGUAAAUGUUUCCAGUAGCCUGAAUAAAAAAAUUGACAUUAUAUUGCAGAUGGAUCCUGUAAGGUGGAACCGGCGUGCGUCGCUGAUCUAUGCUGUUGGCGUUUGGACCCUGUUUGGUUACGGAUAUUACAAAUACACGUACAGAGACGAUCUUCCAGUUGAAAUGCCCGUCGAAGAGGAAGACAACAGACCUAACGUGAAGAAAUAUGAAACGACACACUCGAAAACCACCAUUGUCCAUAGGGAGAAUUUUGUGCCAUUCUCCACAAGGUUUUUAAACCUCUUCAGAUCUACAAAUGAAAGUUCUCCAGAGAGUGAAAAACAUGAAGAAGAGAAAUAAACUGACAGUUUUUUCUUUCUGACAAAAAGAUUAAUUAAAAACGUAUGUAUGUUUUGGGACAAUUCAACUCAACUGCAGUUUUAAUUGAAGAGAAUCAAGCUCCCUGGCAACCAGAAUAUACGCCUUGCAUCUUAAAGAUCAUCUUUUGGAUCAGUCAACACUUCUAGAGAAAUGAAUAUUGUGUUCACAGUAGGCUAUAUGUGAAGUUAACUGGCUUCUGAAAUCCCAAGCUUUUUUAAAAAAAACUGUCCGGAAAAUAUAACGGAUGAUGAACUUCUUUCUAAACAUUUGUUGGUGUGUUUAUUGAAAUGUAUUUUUUAAUGUUUAUGUAUGUCAUAUUAUUGGGGUUUUGUUUUUGCAUUAUGGUGAUUUGCACUUACUAACAGUAAGCAAAAACAGGCUUAUGGGUGGGUUGUGUUUUGGCUUUAAUUUUGAUUCCCGGUUUCACAGACAAGGCUUAAGCCUAGUCCCAGACUAAAAUGCAUGUUUGAGUAUCCAAUUAAGUCAGGCUGUUUAAAUGGAAUUAAUGUUAAAUUAAAAAUACACCUGAAUACCUGCAAUAAUUCAAGGAAUUGCGCUUUUAGUCCACAAGGGGGCAAAAGCGUCAUUGCGCGCAGCCGCUCAGAGGGGCGGGGCUUCGUAGAAACCGGAAGAUCAAAGUGUUCGAGUGUUACACAUGAUUGGAGACAAAAACAAUGAAGGCGAUCAUUCAAAGAGUAACAAAGGCAAGCGUAACAGUUGGGGAGGAGCAGAUCAGUUCCAUAGGCAGAGGACUCUGUGUCUUACUUGGCAUCUCAGUGGAGGACACACAGAAGGAUGUUGACUACAUGGUACGUAAGAUUCUUAACUUGCGUGUGUUUGAGGAUGAGAACGGCCGUGCCUGGAGCCGCAGCGUGAUGGACAGAGAGCUGGAGGUGUUGUGUGUGAGUCAGUUCACUCUGCAGUGUAUCCUCAAGGCAAAUAAGCCUGACUUCCACUCUGCCAUGCCGGCCGAACUGGCUCAGCCCUUCUACAACAGCAUGCUGGAGCAGAUGAGGGAAGCGUAUAAACCAGAACUCAUCAAAGAUGGGCAGUUUGGUGCAAAAAUGCAGGUACUCAUUCAGAAUGAUGGACCUGUGACCAUUCAUCUGGAGUCUCCUACUCGCCCUACAGACCCUAAACAGCUGUCCAAACAAGAGAAGCAACAGCAGCGAAAAGAAAAAACCAGGACAAAAGGCCCUUCCGAGUCCAGCAGAGAGAAGGCAGCUCUGCGCUCUAAAGCAGACCCCAGCGCCAGCAGCGGAGCAGAGGGAGAUGUGUCCUCUGAACGGGAACCAUAGAGUACCUCACGAUUUUACAACUUGCGGAUCCAGAUUUUCCAGGGGAAUGCUGCUGUCUUCAGGGACAUCUCUCAUUGCAGCUCAUGCCUCAUUACUGUCCCUCUCAAAUGUCCACGAUAGUGCCCAGUCGGAUUUUCUUCUGAAACUUGGAUUGUAUAUACACACAAGAACAAGUGGCAGCUCCACAAUUACCAGUAGAAAAAAGACUCAGGCACAUAUCAGUGGUAUUUUGGCACUACUUUGAACAUAUCUGAAUAUUUACUAGGCCAUCUAAUUUAUUUAAAUGUAUACAUCUCUGUGAUAUGAUUUAAUAAAAACAGAAAAGAAAAAUGUG